CGAUAUUUUAUCCGGGUGACUUUGUGCAGACUAAAUUGUUAAGUAUAUAAGUGGCAGUGUGGGAAUUCGUGCAGUUCAUUAUUGGGCGAGGAAUAUCAGCGUAAUUGCGGUGUGUUGGGAAAAUUUGUUGUCAGGAUAUGUUUUCCAGAGGAUUACAGUCGUUUGUUAGAAGCUGCUGUAAUACUGUACUAUGUAACUCUGUGCUUGUUCACAGAUGUAGUUCUCAGUGGAUUGCAGUAUGCCAUCCAUUUGUACAGACUAUCCUGAGCUCCCCACAGCCACAGAGAAUGCUGCAUGGAACAAAACAGAAAAUCAAAAUUGCAGCAUUACGGAUGUACACCUGCUGUGUGGAGAGAAUAAAUUAUGAUGAGUUUUUUGAAAAGUGCCAGCUGCCUGAUACAUUGAACUCCUGGUUUCUGGUGACUCAGUUACAUGUCUGGAUGUGUCUAGUAAGGAUGAAGCAAGAGGGACGAGCUGGAAAGUAUAUGUGCCGGUAUGUAGUCCAUUCUAUGUGGGAGGAUGUGGAACAGCGUGGAAAAGUCAUGGGCAUUGACUCUGUUACCCUAAAGGAAAGUCUGAAGGCCAUGACAGAAAAUUUUUAUGCUGCCAUUUUUGGAUAUGAUGAGGGUAUAUUGUCAGAUGACUGUGUGUUGGCAGCUGCCCUCUGGCGGAACCUCUUCAACAAGCAGUGUGAAGAUCCAACAGUCUUGGAGCUCAUGGUUGAGUAUGUGCGAAAACAGAUGCAGUAUCUAGAUUCUCUGAAUGGUGAAGAUCUGCUGCUUAGUGGUGAAGUCAAAUGGCGCCCUCUUCUGGAGACUGACCCCCAAAGCAUUUUGAAGCCAGUUUCACCCACUUACAAUGAUGAAGGACUAUGAGAAGCUUUUCGUAGGGUUUUGAGAGCACACUAAUAAAAAGCGAGGACUGUACUACCUUGACGAGGAAAAAUUGUAUCAAAAGGAAGAAACUAUUGUAACACAGUAACUUUGAAGCAGAGUUGCUGAUUUUCCAUUUUACUGACACAGAUACUUGGAAAAUUAAGAGAACUGAAAGAUAAUCCAUUCAGGAAAACAGGAUCUGUGUUCUAACAUUUAGGGUAACUGUUUAAUUCAGAUGUGCAUGAACAAAAUAGCUGAUAAAAGCAAUUUAUUCAUUGUCAGAGUUUGCCUCUGUUAAUUUGCAUUAUUUUGAAAGAGAGAUGCAAACUGUUUUUUGAGUAUGUUUAAAAAAUGCAUUUUUAGAAGGGUCAGUUUUAUAGUAAUAAUAAAAAAGUUUGCUUUGUAAUGUAAUAGCUGUUUUUUUAUUCAGGACCAGGAUAUUCUAAUGUAAAAGCCACUCUCUGAUUUAGGGCCACAAGAUCAAUAGGCUAAAGUUCACAACCAAUAAUACAGGUCAGUCUGAAGUACUUAGGUUCUGUAUCUUUAAAAUAUGUCUUGUGCUGUCAUGGUGAAGAGUUGCAAUUUUUAGUGGCAGAGCUCCACUAUUAUCCCAGAAAGUUUAAAAUUCAGCACAUGAUUUGAAAUUUCGGAGCUGCAAAUUUGUUUAUUUUGUUGCUAAAUCUUGACCAGUUUUCUGCUGCUUUCUUUAAGAGGUAUACCUUGCAGAGUCUUAUGGUGACAUGAAUCUGGAAAUUAUAAUCAAGAGACAGGAUAUACUAGCAGUUUCUCAGUAUGUGGGAGUGAGGUGCUGCCUGAGUGCCAUUACAGUCCCUUUGUUUGAAUCAGGGGAUCCGUGCUUCAGAACAGUGUUUGUGUGUAGGCCAUUUUCAAAAAAGUACUGCAUCUGUGUUCAGGCAAAUGGAGGGAAGUAUUGCAUCUUGGGUAAUGUAUUUGCCCAAGUAUUCCUUUCUGUCCUAAUCUAAGCUGCUGCCUGCCAGCAGUUGAAGUGAUCCUUAUCUUGGGUCCCUGCCAUUGCAGGUAAUUAACAAGGCACUCUGUGAAUAAUGACAUCUUGCCUCAGGAAGAUGAGUCUGUUGCAAGAAUGUUGUGAUCAGUUUUCAUCAUUUGAUUUCUAUGUCAAAAGCUUAUUGUGUUUAGGCAACAUGUAUUUUACAGCAUAGGAAUCUGCAAUAUAACCAGUGCCAGUGAGGCAAAAUUUUGAACAGUUUGAAUGCAUGCAGUACAUAAUCAGAAAUGCACCAUUGAAGUGCUGUGUUACAGGAUCUUGCUGGUACCCACUUUAAAUGUUGUUUUUGCAAACCAUGGAAUGAUUAAUAUCUGCUUAGUAUUGGCUUUUGUUCUCUGUGGGAGAAAAUGUUUUAGUUAAUAUAUGCUUAGGGAGUUAUGGGUUAUAUUGAUGCAGAUAUGACAUAGAAUGUUUUUCUGUGUUUUCUAAGCAUGAAUAAUAUAAACAUUUAUGUUAAGAUAA